AAAUCCGUUCCGUUCCGAACCGUUGGAGCAGUUCAGCUUCCGGCUUCGAAGCUUCCACAAGCUCCGCCACAGCGCUUAAGCGCGCUCAUCCGGCGUACCACCCGAAAAGUCCACAAAACAAACAACCCUUUGUGCGCCGGCUCUCUGCAAACAAUGAAACGCGAGAAACUAGUGCGCGCGCAAACUGCAAGCUGUGACCGCACGUGAAAACCCUUCCCCUUUCAGCGCUCGACGGCUGAAGAUUUAUCUGUUGUCGGGUGGGGGGGCGCUUUGUUGCCGAUCGACCGUCGUGUUGCUCUUCUUCCGUGCCAGUGUGUAUGUAGUUGGCAGUUCCGCGCCAAAUCGUGGUGGUGCAGGUGGGCCAGCAGCCCGAGUGAAUAACAUUUCGGAACGGCGUGGUUUGUUGUUGUUUAUAAUUACCCAAUCGAAGGGCGCGCGAGCGUUCCGCGGUGUGCUGCAGUCGGUCAUCAUCAGCUGUGGCAGAAGCAGGGUCGGUUCGCGUUCACACGGUGACACCCCAAACCAGCAGCGUUUAUUUGGGGGAAGGUGUUUGGCCUUUUGAGACGCUGGUGUGUGUGGUCGUUUUGUUGCGUUUUGUUUUUUUUUUUUCGCUUUGUUCUAUUUGUGGCCGCGUGUGCGAAAAACAAGAAGGGUGCGAUAUUUUUAACACAACCAAAACAAACCACCUUUCGCAGCACGCACGCGCGUCCUCACAUGCAGUGUGUCGCUGAACGGUCGUCGUCACUGUUCGUGACCUUUGCAGCAGAAGACGCUGCUGUUCUCUCGCUAAUGGUUGCAAAUUUUUGGUUGUUGUGAUCCCGCCCCCGGUUGGUCGUCGACGAUCGGAACAGUUCCCAUCCCCCUUGAGUGCACGUUGGGGGAUAGUGGGGUUUUCGGCUAGGUGCAUCUGCACCUGUCAGGCGCGUGGAAUAGUUGUCGCGGUCGCUGGAGACGCUGUUGCGCUUGGCUCAUCUAACUUUCACCGUCCAGGCGCGUCCAAGAUAACGAUAGUUGAUAACGCCUCAACCCAGAGGUGCCCGACGCGCGCUUAACAAGCAGCGAAAACGUCAGCUAGUGUGAGCCCACAGGCUUGAAGAUAGUGUGUUUGUGUGUGUGCGGUACGUAACGCGGGACGGCGUAAUCGGAGAGGUUAACUGUCAUCUCCCGAGUCAAACGUCAUUCAACAGCCGGCUUCUGGAAGUGUCCGUCGAAGGCAUCGCUAUCAGUGUAGCCUGAUCUAAGCAUGGGAAGCUAACCAAUCGUCUGUUUCGUCCCCGGUACUGAUCCGUGUUGUGUGCUGCGAUCGCGUGGUGUGUAUAGAGUGUGGUUUUGAAAAUCUGCAUUCUCCUUCCUCGCGUGGUUUCGGUGUGGUGUCUGGCGUGUUUUUUGGCGCGCCUGUAUCUUAAGCUGUGUCUGUGAAAACCACCCUAGUGUCUAGUGUCGAUGAUUCGAAGCUGCCGUGGUCACUAGUUGCUGGUAACAUUCUGUGCCUGUGCGAUCUGUGUGAUCCUUUAAGGUGGCAGCAAUGGUGCAGCUAAUCAUGGUAAAAUUCAUCACAUCGCACCGUACAGUAUACGGAUAAAACCGCAUGGACGCCUUUUCCACGAAACGUAGGCAACGUUACGCAACUGGCGGUGACUUUCACUCACCCACCCCAUAUUCUAAACAAGCGCAGCGAAGGAGAAAUAUUUUUUCCGAACAAGAGGUGUUCCGCAUGCUCGCCCCCCAACUGGAUCCAUUAGCGAGGCGCCACGAUCGCCAUAAUCGGGAAGAAUGGAUAUUAUCAGAGCGCCUGGAAAUAUUAAUAUUAAUGGUAGCGACGGCGGCAGCAGCAGUCUGGAGCCGCUGUUACGCAGCCCCCACGGGGCCAAAUCGAAGGACAAUAAUGGUGGGGCCGGUCUGCGGCAGCACAACUUCCCCGACGAGCAGCAGCAGCAGCAGCAGCAUCGGCAACCGGCCGGUGCCCGCAAUGGCCUAAAGGGGACGCCCGGCGGUCCGGUGGCCUCGGUUGGGACAGCGGUCCAGCAGCAGCGCGCCACUCCAGCCCCGCCGCCCCAGUGCCCGUCGACCGAUUCGGGCAACAGUUCCUGUGUGAGCAGCGGCAGCAGCAACGGUGCCGGCGGCAGCAGUGUUAGUGGUGGUGGUGGUGGUGGUAGUUGCAGCAGUGCUAGUGGUGCUUCCGGUGGUAGUGUAGUGGACGAACCAGAAACUAAAAAACCGCACCGAUCGUCACGUUCGCCGUCCGCGUCAUCGCUCAAGAAUUGCAACGUUUACGUAAACAGAACGUACGAUGACGAGGGUGCCAGUGCAGUGCGACGUGCUGCGGCCGGUUCGGCCGUUUCGAUUUCGAUCGACGAAGGAAUUGACGCUAGUGGGCCGGCCGGUGAGGCACCGCUUGCCAGUGAGGGGCUGGGCGGCGGGGGGGAGCAGGAAGAGGAAGAGAUCAAACCACUGCUGGAGGUGGCGCACGAGCGCCGCAAGACGAAGAGCAUCGUGAAGAGCCCCUCGGAGCAUCAGAGCAUUGCUGGGGAGCGGCCGGUGCGCCAGCUGAGCCUGCAGUUCUCCCAGCCGGAGUCCGUCAUCGUGGCCGACCGUCCGGUGCAUCAUGUGCAGUUCCGGGGCGGCAGCAAGUACGCGAGUGUGGCUGGGGGUGGUGCAGCGGGUAAUGGAGCUUCGCCCGGGCUCGGUACGGGUGAUGUCGAGCCGCACUGUUCCAGCCCGGUGGGCAGCAUCCUGUCCCACGGUUCGGCCACGUCGUCCUCCUCGUCCGGUUCGUCGUCGUCGUCGUCGUCGAACGAGAACAGCUCGCUGGGAGCGUACGCGGAAGCCCGCCCCCCGGACGGUGGCUGGGGCUGGGUGGUGUGCUUUGCCGCGUUCAUGGUGAACCUGAUCGCGGACGGUGUGACGUUCAGCUUCGGCGUGAUGUACAUCGAGCUGCUGGCGUACUUCGGCGAGGGCAAGGGCAAGACGGCCUGGGUGGGUUCGCUGUUUAUGGCGAUGCCGCUGCUGUGCGGGCCGGUCGCCUCGUUCCUGACCGAUCGGUACGGCUGCCGGAAGGUGACGAUCAUCGGUUCGAUCCUCGCCUCGAUCGGCUUCGCGCUGUCCGCGUACGCAACGUCGAUCGAGAUGCUGUACCUGACGUUCGGCAUACUGUCCGGCUUCGGGCUGAGCCUGUGCUACGUGGCCGCGGUAGUGAUCGUUGCGUACUACUUCGACAAGAAGCGUUCGUUCGCGACGGGGCUGUCGGUAUGCGGUAGUGGCAUCGGCACGUUUGUGUUCGCGUCGCUCACGCAGAUCCUGCUGGACGAGUACGGGUGGCGCGGUACGACCCUCAUCCUUGCCGGCGUCUUCCUGAACAUGUGCCUGUGCGGACUGCUGAUGCGCGAUCUCGAGUGGACGACGCACAAGUCGAAGCAGAAGCGGCGCAAACAGCAGCAGCAGCAGCAGCAAGCCGAUUCGGUGAGCAACAGUACGAACACGGCCGGUGGCAACACGAGCGUGCUGAUGGGUAACGGUGGCAUCAUCGAUGGCGUGCCGGCGGCAGGGUUGGACGAUGCAGCGAACGACCAUCUGUACGAUUUGGACGAUCCGCGGCUGUUCAGCUCGCUGAUCACGCUUCCGACGUACCUGCAGAACGGUAACGGCCAGGACAAGCUCACGCUGGAGGUGCUGGCGAUGCUGAGCAAGCAGCACAACAUGCACGACCACCACGUGCUGCAGAACCUGCCGGUGGCGCGCAUGGCCAGCUCGCACAGCUUCAGCCAGCCGCUUCAGUCGCCCCAGAGCGGCGAAAACUUGGCGGAUGCGAAGGAGCAGGAUGGAGUCGCCCCGGCCGUGGUGGCAAACGAUGGCGAGCAGUCGCUGGAAGCGAAGGAUAACGGCAAGCAGCAGCAGCAGCAGCAGCAGCAAGGACUAGAGAGCGAUGGCACCGGGACCACCGUGGUGCAACCGUCGCGUCACCGAGCAGCCGGCGGGCAGCGGUCCGGUGCAAGGGGACGGCACGGGGAGGUGGCCGGCGGCGGCACCAGCUCGUACGAGCCGAGUACCGCGCUGCCGCCGCCCGUGUUUCUGCGGCGGGUGCACAGCCACAGCACGCGCGGUACGGCCGCCGGCCCGCACACGGCGGGGCCGGCACCGGCCGCCACCGCAUCCUACCUGAAGGAUCUGCGGAUGCACCGCCACUCGCUGACCUACCGUGGUGCUAUGCUGAACAUUCAGCGCUACCGGCUGCGGGCCUCCUCCUGCCCGGACAUCUACCGCAACUCGAUGACGACGAUCGCGAAGGAGAAGUCGGCCUGGUACGCGGGCGUGGAGGAGUUCCGAACACUGCUGGUCAGUAUUCUGGACUUCUCCUACUUCUCCGACGUGCACUACCUGCUGUUUGCCGUCUCGAACUUCCUGCUCUACACGUUCUACGACGUGCCGUACGUGUACCUCGGCGACAACGCGACGCAGAUGGGCUUUUCCCACACGCAGUCCUCGAUGCUGAUCGCCAUCAUCGGCAUACUGAACAUGGUGGGCGAGGUGGUGCUCGGAUGGAUGGGUGAUCGGAAGUCGGUCAAUGCUAACUACACCUACGCCAUCUGUAUGGCACUGUGCGGCCUGGUGACGGCUCUCGUACCACUGUUCAAAGAUUACACGAGCCUUUCCGUGUUGGCUGGUGGAUUUGGACUGUUUAUAGCAGCAAACUAUUCGCUGACCAGUAUUAUUCUGGUGGAACUCAUCACGCUGGAACGUUUCACCAACGCGUACGGGUUGCUGCUGCUGGUGCAGGGCGUUGCCAAUCUCGUCGGUCCGCCACUGGCAGGCUGGAUAUCCGAUCUGACCGAUUCGUACGAUCUGGCAUUCUAUCUGGCCGGCUUUUUCAUAGUCAUCUCCGGUGCGCUGCUGCUAGUGCUGCCCACAAUACUGAAGGUGCGCAAGAUCGUGGACAAACGGCGGCGCAGCUCGGCCCUUGCCAAUGGCGAUAGCGUCAAGCUCAACAAGAAGGUAUCGUCGGCAAGCUAUCAGCAGCAAAACAACAAUGUCGCCACGAAACCCGUCGCACUCGAUCUGAAAACCACGUUCGUGAGCAAUGGCAAGCGCAUCGUGACGGGAGUCGACGCCAAGAAUGGUUCCACCCCGAACGGGAUGGGCACGGGCGGCGGGCACGUGUUUGGGCUCAACGGCUACAAGCUGCCGAUCGAAGAGGGGGCCACGGUUUAGGGCGUUGGUGGAUGGAUGGUACACACUGUGCCCGGCUGUACUCCCGUUGUAAUCGGUUUCUUCCAUAACAUUGUGAACGUAUGAGGGCUCGCAGAAAGCGUUGCUGCGUCGCGUAAGGGCGUAGAAAAUGCGCACCAAUUUGGUAUGGACCGUGGACAAUUGGUAAAACGUUAAGAACCAUCGUAACCGUAAUAUUUGGAAACACACACACAUAUACUUGAGUAGGAGUUUGGUCUCUUUAUUAUUCUGUUUUGUACCUUGUCGGUAGGAUAAAUUUUGAAUGUACUAUUUGCGUUUCGUUCUUGUUAUUCGCGCGCGACACAGCCCCGCCCGUACAUAGCCACCCGCAAGACUGGUGGAUGAAUAUAUACCUCAGACUUUAUUCACUUACUGUAAUAGCAAGCAAGCAAAACUCAUUAAACACAACAACAAGAAGAAGAAGAAAAAAUUGAAUCACCAGUAACUGAGUAAAUCGAGUUGACACGGAGACAAAUUGCUUCCACUAAGUUGGCCCCCUUUUAUGGAACGUUUAUUUUUGAAGAUUUUUUUUAAAUGUAUCGUUUUAUUUCCUUUGUAUUCAUCUAAUAGUGAUUGAGCUGGAGAAAAGGGAAGCAAAACAAGAGCCUUUCCUGUACCAGUACAUAUGUAACACAUUUGAAGUUAAUAGACACGCUAUUUAUAAAAACUAUAAUCGAUAUUACACCAUAGGCAAACUCUGUACCAUGUUACUGAACUUUGGAGACGAUAUAACGAUAGUGAAGCUGAUGAGCGCAUUUGGCUAGAUUGCGUUCGAUUUGAUGAAACCCAAUAUUUCCUCAGGCUCGCUCCCCACUUUUUGGCUCCGUUUGUACGAGGACCGUCACAUCGGCCCACGGUGUAUAUCCGGGGUUAGGAAAAAACAAAGGAAUGACAAGCAACAUUUGCUUUACCGUGGAAAGUUGAAGACCAACAUUACCAAACUUUAGCACCCUUUUUCUCUCCUCGCAAAUCCCCGCCGCUUUUUGCAGCCAUACACGGUUGGCGUACAGUUUUUAGGCCGUUUCGAUAAAGCGCAGAUGCUUGGAAAGCUUUCCAAACAAUUUUUCUCCCAUUAUUCUACACGACAUAGAGCAAUCUUCUAAUAGUAAUAGGACGUACGUCUGUUUGAAAUGGUAAAUAGUGCGGCCACCCGUUUUGCCACACGUGCAUGGUGUGGUGGUGUUUGAAUUGUAUUGUUUGUUGCAACGGUUGAACGCCAUUGCAUAUGUUUACACAACAACAUAUUGACAAUUUUUGCGGAACGGCUGAUUACGCGAAACUAUAAUGAUACGUAAUGCAGGUGGAGAUACAAUUGAAGCGGAGGCGCAAACACUAGGUAGAGAGAAAGGGAUAGAGAAAGUGAGAGGGGAAAGAUAAAUAAUAUAUAAAUAUAUUCAUCAGCUGUGAUCACCUAGUAUAUAUUAACAAAUACUAAACUAAAGCUAGUAAAGCGAUGCUAAUUAGACACCUAGAUCGUAGUAGAGAAUUGAAAGACACAUUUAAGUACACACCUACACUAUACGGAGGCGAAGGACGAUAGAGGAAAGGCUAGGAUAGGGUAAAAGUUAUUGGUAAGGAACGGUGGAAGCGUUUUGUCAGCAAGAGUCAGCCGACGACGAACAACGAUUUGGUGGUGAAGGGCAGCAUGUUUGUGAUUUAAUUUGAAAUAGACAUUAAUUGAUUUUUUUUCUUCAAGCACGUGUUGGCCACGGACGGAAGGGAACAUGAAAAAUGGGACGAGAAAACAAAAAAUCUAAUUCUAAUUAGACACUACUACUGCACACGGGAAAAGCUGAUAGGAAUAAGAACGAUUAAUAGGUAUCAAAACAAAAGGAAAGGGAAAAAACACACAAGAAAGUGAAGAUUUCUUUACUACAAACACAGACACACACAUAAAAUCAAAUGGGAACAAACUCAACCACGAUGAGGCUAUGCUGAUGCAAAUGAAGGAAAGGAGGUGAUCGACUAAAUCAGGUGAUGAACACGUUUCUGCCAAAUAGGAGGAAAGAUGGUAAAUGAAAGUCCAAAUUAGACUUCAACAGAUGAAUGCUAUAUAUUUUGUAAUUUCAAUUAUUAUAUCCUUCGAAGAUAGAGUCCUGUGUGUCAACCGCUCACUGGAGAGAGAGAGAGAGAUGUGUAUGUGUGUGUGAAAAAAAAAGAAAAUGAACAAGCAGUAAACGAAUUCGAAAAAAAAAACAAAUAAUUUUAUGCAUUGCUUCUGCUAAUUUCUAUGCACUGCAACUCUAUGCCAACCAACUGAUUAUCUACAGUUUACUAUAUUCUUUUUAGAGCAUUCAAAAUUUGGGCCAGAUAAAACAGAAGGGAAAAGAAAUGGGAGAAUCGUGGUGAAAGUAGCAUAGACGGAAGCAAAAUGCCCGCGAAUUGACGGCUAAAACCGGCAAUCGACACACACACACACGCAAAUAGACACGGUAGACGGAUAGGGCUCGAGAAUCGGUGGAUGCAAGAUAAUAAUUACACGCAAUGGAAAUCCAUGUAAGAGACACGUUACUACUACUACUACUACUACUAUAGAGCAUCUUCUAGUAAGUUUGAAUUGAGAUAUAACAUUUCGGGGGAGUACUGAAGGUAAUAGAAGAAAAAAGUCACUGUUUAGAACCAAACCAAUCACACAAUAAAACAACUCAUGCACGAACACAA